AUGGAUCUUGAGGAUGUGGAAGAAAUGUCUACCGACGAACUUGCCCUAGCACAGAAUACAAGGCGAAAAUCCACUCGCCGCAGUCUGCUACCAAUCCCUGUGGUAAGUCAUUCCAACAGCAGCAGUCCGAAGGUGCUUGUUCGUCGCCGAAGUCUGGGCUGGCCGCUGCAUGGCAUCUCAGUUUCCCCGCGUCCCUCGGUCACCAUAGCCAGGAAAUCUCUUGACAUGCAGCCUGAUUCAUUUCGUGAACACCGCAAAACGCCGGAUCAGCUGAACAACUUUAAGCCGGCAAAGCCAGAUUUGCCACCUCUGAACGACCAACCACCCUCCCAGGUUUCAGAGUGUCCACUACUAGCUCGCGUCGAUCAGCCUCCCUCCAAGGUCCCAGAGAGCUCGCAUUCAAGCAAUCUAGUGGACCCCUGCGUAUGCUCAGAUCAACGGACUGUGGUCGGAUCGGCUGAGGAGCUGUAUGAUCGUUACGUUGAAGAACUGAAUGAAUGGCCAAAAUUCCUGUCAGGUCUUGAGGACCUCGCCAAUCAUCAUGUAGAAGUCAAUGCAAUCUCGAAUGAGGCUAUAGACGAAAACCCUGUCCUUGCUCCUUUUUCUCGCUACCUAUACCCUGAAUCACAGGGCUCUUUGACCAGUAACCCGACCGCCCUGCAGCAGCGUAUUAGGAAGUUAUACAGAUUGUGCGUUUGCAGUUUGCUCUUGCUUAACAGAAGGAGAAAAGAGCAGCAUCUGUUCAUCUCUGGAAUCAGGUCCGACUGGGAAGAAUGGUGCAAAAGGGAACGUGUUAAACUCAUGCCCUCUACGAGGGAUACGGAUAAGUUUCCCAAGAAAGAAAUCUUCAGCCGGCUAUCUUCACUGAGCGCUUUCAAUGGUUCAGACCAGCUUUCGCCAUAACGGUAAGCUCGUGGAAUGUUCAGUACACUGUUUGAAGUGUUAGGACUACAUAAAGCAGGGCUUCUUGAUGUGCACAUAACCACCCAGUCGAAAAAUACGUAAAGCAGUAAUGUGGGUGAUUUCUUCUGGAGAAUAUUUCUUUCUAACGAUAGCUCGGCUCACUUCACUAGCGUAAGAUCUUGCGACCACCUCUUUGACGUGCACUACUUUAAAAGUAUACAAUCGCAAGCGAAAGUCCUUCUACAUAUCCGUCAAACACGAGUCUCCUUUCCUUCUACUUGAGGCUCUGAUAUUUAUCGGUUUGGACGACUUACUCCCAAGUUAUUCUCCAUCGACUAGUGGACAAGACCACAUUCGCUACUGGAAAAUACAGUUUUGGCCAUCAACCUGUUAUUUAUCUACCCCGAUGUCUGGCUCAUGUGAGGCAUGAGACUCUUUGCCCCCAUCACUGAGACGUGAUUUGCCCGCGCCGUGUGCGGCACGUGUAGACGAACUACUUAGCUUUUCCGAAUGAUGCCGUCUUGAUUUGGCAUCAUUACUGGAAAGCGGCGCGUGUGGAAGUCGGAAGCGUGGUGGGUGCUUUGCUAUAAGCGACAGUACAGGUCACUGUCGCCUCAACGGGACAGUGAUAUCCCUCAGCGCUGGCGGCAAUCUUUCAAACAUCGAGAUAAACUGCCCAGUGCUCUGGCCCGUCUUAGCAGUAAACUGUCCCUGACUAUGGCUAUGGCAAAAUAUUUGGUAUGUUCUGGGCUAGAAUCAGUCUAAGACCUCCGUAAGACUGUCUCGUGUUAGCUAUAAUCAGAAAACGGCUGACAGGUUACCAAUUCGGGCCUUGUUAGCCGCCACUUACAUCCUCAAAACCAGAACAUAGAUCUUUCUCGAUUGCAAAUGGAACAAUAUAUAAUUCUUUGCCGACGACAUCCUUGCCAGCAUGUAUAUUGUGUUCAUGUAGACAGUCUUACAAGUUCCCGAUCGUUACCUUAACUUCGGAAAUGGGCCUCCUAGCAAAGAACUCCUCAAAGACCCCCGUAUGUGAUACUGUCUCUGCUGAUGGGUUCGAGCAGGAAUCCGAAACGUUCGGCGAAUAAUGCUCUUGUCCUAGCAAUCGUGUCUCCGUCACAAAAGUGGCACAUGAAACCGGACUGGAUAUGCCAACUUCUGACGAAGGCACUCAGUACCUUCAUGUUUGCAUGGAUUUUGCGACCGGUGCAACAGAGGAAGUUAGGGAAGUAGGCGGCGUGUGUAACCUAAUAAAUACUCCCUCGCUUGAGGAUAGUCGCAGCCUCCACCCAAUGGCGUUAAGCCGAAUUUGCAGUAUAUGUCACGUUGAACCGUUCGGGUGCGUCUACAGAUCGUGACUUUCGAACGAUCCUACCGACGUUUUGUUUUUGCCAAUGUUGAGUUAUCGUCCGGGAGUAAACCUGUCCCAGUGAUUGCGCGUUCGUUUUUAUUUCAACAAGAACCUGGGACCCGUAUAUUCACUUCCAUUCGUGAAACCUGUACGUUUUUGUUCUGAACGUCGUUAUUCUCCUAACGUAUACACCUGUGCGGUGAGCGGCAAUGCAGGCCAGCUGCGUCGUGAAAUACGCCUACCACUCAGCUCUCUUGGAUGACCUCCAUGAAUAUCGUGCAAAUUUGACCAGCCAGUCGUAUCUGCCCAAACCAGAGCUGGCUUCCCCGUACUCGCUAUGGUCUUUUUCUAAGAAAUACUAUGGGAUCCCGCUGCGGACGCUAUAUGCCUUUACUCGACAGUCUUUCUGUGAAAUUGUUCCUAAGGGCUUUGGCUCUCCAUACUCGAUGAUUGAUUUUGGUUGUUCGGUUUAUCUAACUGGUUCCUUCAUAUUGUAGUGCUCAUUUGCUCAAAAUAUCCAUCCGAGGACGAAUUAUCGGAUCGCAUUGUCUUUUUUGGCGGCUAUGCCGAAUUGUGUACCCAACCGUUCCGGUCAUGCUGGACACAGCUCACUUCAACUCAAUCCGCUGGCCAAUCGGUGUCGACUGGUCGCUAUUUUGCGGCCUGA